AUGAAGUUCUUCAUCUUCGUCAGCGCCAUCGUGCUCACCUUUCUGGCGAUCUUUGGCGUCGCUGCAGAUCAGCCUAUGAAGCAAAUCAUCAUAAGCUACCCGAAAGGCACUCCUGCUUCGGUCCUCGAGGAGGCCAAGAAGUAUGUGCUUGAUGCUGGCGGAUUCAUCUCACAUGAAUACAACCUCAUCAUGGGCUUUGCCGCCACGGCACCAGCCAAGAUCUUGGAGACUUUACAGGCUGCUGGCAAGGACCACAAUGUUCUCAUCGAGGAGGAUAGCACCGUAUCCAUCAACAACUCUUGA